GCAGAUCCUCCCCUCCCCUCACCUCCCUCGCCUGCCAGUCGGUGCUUCCGAAGGACUUCUGUGGAGAGAGAGAGAGAGAGAGAGAGAGAGAGAGAGAGGCUUUGGUGCCCUGCGGUAGAUCUAGAGGUGGCGGUGGUUGGGGAUCCUGUGUCCGUGAAGGAAGGGAAGUAGAAGUAGAGCGGACGAGGUGUGGACGAGGGUGGGGCAGUGGGAGCCGCUUAGAGGUUUGUAAUUUAUGUAGUAUGUGGAGAAUGCUGGGGUUGAUGAGGAUCGAUGGUUGCAGAUCGGAAUUUGUAGAUUGAGGGAGGGAGUGAGGGAGGGUGACAGAGUGGGUGGGGUUACGGUGGGGGGAGAGGGUUUAAGGGCGAUGAGCUUUGAAUUCUGGGAAGUCGGCUGGAGAUGAAGGCGGACGGUGACGGGGCCAGUGCUCGAUCGAAGGGUGGCGAAAUGCAGAGCUGCUCCGCUUUGAAAAUGGCCUACAACGAUUGCUUCAACCGAUGGUACACGGAUAAGUUUCUGAAGGGGCAGUGGGAUAAAGAAGAAUGUUUGGUAGAAUGGGAGGCAUAUCGGGCCUGUCUUUCGAAGCGGUUGGAAGAUCGUAAUCUCAGUCAUUUACUGAGAAUUGAAACCUCUAUGCAUGCUUCCAACCGGAACGAGUGACAGUGUGGGGAGUCCCACUGGCUUCUCAACAUGGAUGUGAGUUUGAUGGAUCACUUUCAGUUCAUAUUACAGGAACACAAGUUGUGAGAGUGAGCAGUAGCUUGUAUAUCAACGAUGGAGUUAGUUCACUUUGUACAGCCACUUUGUACAGUAUUUGGAGGUGCCCGUUCUGCAGCUGCAACUUAGAAAAGGCUCGUGAUUUUUGCAAGCCGUCUGUGAAAAGCAGGCCACAACGGAGGCACGAUAUUUUCAGAUUUGAUUUAUGCGCUCUCGUUUGAAAGCGAGACCCAAAGUAGCCUCAUAGCCUCAUUUUUUGAAGAACUGAACAUGCUUCGCUUGAGAACUUCCGUCCCUUUCAUUUCAAGCUUAAUGAGCAGCAGGAGAUAACGCCUGUGGAGAUCACAACAGAACUUCGGUAGAGUGGUACAGCUUACGGUCUACCCGCAACAUCAUCGGCAAGUUUAUUGAACUGCGGUCGGAAGUUGUAGAACACGUGUUUUAACGUGUGGUGAUGGUUUGACCUUGUGAGUCUCUGCACCGUGUUGAGAUGUAAGGUUGCACUUUUUUGAAGCAAUCUGACAUCAAAUCAUCACUUGACAAAUGACAAUGAAGAUGAGUGACAUGGUGCUGUUUUGCUUCGGACUUUUGUGGUGGGAGGUGCACCUCCAACCCUUUACCCCUAAAGUCGUGCUCUGUUCCGGCUGGACAUUCUCGGGGAACCAUGACAUUUUGGAAUUCAAACCUCGAUUUUUACAUUAUGUGAAUUCUUUCUCCACUGUGUUGCGAGGAAAGGUUUGUUCUUAUUCUAAGGCCCGAUUCAAUCAAGAGAAGACAUAAGAGUUAACUCUGUAGCUCCAAUUUGAACACAUUUGUCCUGAUAUGGAUUGUGUCAGAAUUCUGUAGCAACGGCCAUAAGUUUUAAUGUCACCUAUCACCUCUGAGAAGAUGGAGCGUCAGUCUUUAGACACUAGCUGUGGGUGUACCUGACAGGAAUGAAGAAGAUGGUUUAUUGUAAGAAGUGACUUACUAGUGAAUGUGGUCAGACAAGCCUACGUUCCGAAGGAACAAGGUGGAUGUCAUAGUCUUUAAACAUUCAAUGAGAUUCGAGCGUGCCAAACAUAGAACUUGUCUCAAAUAGGCUCAUAGACAGUAUAUUGGAUGACAUGUUUGCAGUAGUUGAGUGACAAGACGAAUGACGUCGCGGUAGAUGAGGAAUAAUCAGAAGAAGGAAGGUAACAAGGGCUAGUGUAGAAAGCCGAGAAUCACCAAAUGCAGUCCAACAAAUACACUGAGGAAUGAAGUGUCAGAUGUACCGAUUGUACACCUCUUUGCACGAUGGCAGGCACUUCUGAGUUGCAGGUGACAUGAGGGAGUAAGUUGUUCAGCAAAGAAAAUAGAAACACCCCAUGGAGUGAAGCCAAGAGGGAGCAAUGGGGCCAAGAGUCAAGACUAUCACAGGGAAUACUUUGGAAGCGAUUCAGGAUAGACGAAGACCGUGUAGUUGUUGCCUAGUUCAGCAGAUAUCGUCUCGCUGAGAAGGUACGAGGAUCACUUAUUGAGCAGAUUACAUCUGAAAAUUUUCUUGAGUUGUUUCUUACUACUACCCAUAUGGCUCUGCUCACAGUUUGCCGAGAAACUUAGACAGAACAGAGCAUGUUCACAUCAGCUAUGACAGAACCGUGUGUUGCCUCAGUUGACAUUUACAAAUUGCU